AUGUCAAGUGAUGCAAAAAGAUCUGGUCCAUCUGGUCCACCGCCAUUACCAUCCAGAAAAUCAAAGGGAAAAGAUGAAAACUAUGAGAAUAUACGGUUUUCUGCUAAUUCUAGGAAUGCAAAUGAAAAAUAUCAAAUGAUGCAAAGUGCUUAUGACAAAUCUAUAAAGGAAAAUGAAGAAUUAGAAAGAGAGACAAAGGAAUUGCAUUCACAAGUUAGUGAUUUAGAAACAAAAAAUGGAAUAUUACAAAGAUCUUGUCAGGACUUGAAUUCACGGUUUGAAACUGAAAGAGGUCGAUGGCAACAAAGAAUUCAUGAUUCAGAUAUUGAAUUUCAAAAUUUAAAGAAACAACAUGUAGAUUUAGAAAAAGAAACUCGUAAAUAUCAAGAUGCUCUUGGAAAAAUGAAAAGUUUUCAUUUUGGGGAUGAUCAUACCAGCAAUACUGUGGAACUUGCAAAAACGAUUUCUGAUAUAGUGGUUUUGUUGGAAGAAUUCACCUCAGUUAAAGGCAAAGAUGUAUCUAUUAAUGAAGAGGCCGCCAAUGAACUCUUAUUCCAUUACAAGUGCGUAAUGAGGAUUAAGGAAGGAAAAGGAAAACCGGUGCUAAGCGCUGCUUUACAACGUCUUAUUCUUGAGGAACUGUUUCGCUUUAUUAGUGAAUAUUUAUUUCAACCGAAGUUACAAUCUUCAGAUUAUCAAAGUGAACAUUCUCAACCUCAACAACCGCCACUGCAACCACAACAACUGCAACAACUACAACAACCUCAACAGCCACCACCACAACAAUCACAAAUACAACAACAAGAAGUGGAUCAACAAGAUCCAGUGACAAAAGCACGCACCGCAAUUGCUGUUGGAAGGUCACAUUCGCUUCAACAAAGACCACCCCUACCUUCAGUCCCAGGAGACUCAGUAGAAGAGCAAAUUAUUGAAGUCGAUGACAACAAUCUUGAGGCUGAGAUAGCAACAUGCAUGAAAGUAUUAUGUGAUUUAGUAAAUCAACUUUCUGAGUCGCGUAAAGGAACUGAUGAUAUAACAAAAGUAACACCCAUAAAUAUCCGUCAACAAGUUUAUGCAGUAUUAGGAACUCGAGGGUUCUGUACUGAUAAACAUCCAUUUGUUGAUCAAUUAACAGACACAAUUUUAAAAACUGUUGGUAAAUAUCGACAAUUUAAAACCAAAGAAAAGCAAACUGAAUCACAUGAAAGGGCAGCAAAAAUAGCAAAAGAAGUUGUUCUCUUAUAUUUUAGAUUACUUGCUCAAGAACCUGUACCGGAAUUUACGGAAUUUUUUGAAGCUGGCACACCUUUGCAAGUUAAUAUUAUGGAAGGAACAUGGGAUGAUUAUGAGAUUAAUGAUUUAGAAGUGGAAAUUUGUUCAUUUCCAUUGGUUAGUGUUAAGGGUAAAGAUGAUUCUAGAAAAGUACUUAAUAAAGGUGUAGUUCUUACAAGACGAAAGAACAUAAAUCCAUCUAACAUGGAUUAA